UAGCAGUGUUAUUAACAACCCACUUUUCGUCCGUACCCUAAAUAAAAUGUCACAACUCAUUCCAAGUACCACACCCCUUCGAGUUUUUAAAGAUCACACAAACGCUAUAUGGGGUGUAGCAGUCUCCCCCGAUAGACGACGGAUGGUCACAUGCUCGUUCGACAAGACGCUUCGUCUAUGGGACUUGAGGACAGGUGUAGUGUUGAAGAAGAUGGAGGGACAUCAUGGAUCGGUGUACGGAUUGGGGGUAUCACGAGACGGGCAAAUGAUAGCAAGCGCUGAUUUGAACGGAGAGCUCAUCGCCUGGCACGGAGAAACCGGAGAACCUCUCAUCCAAGCUAUCAAAGCCCACUCCCAUCGGAUCUUGUCACUAGAGUUUUCACCCGAUGGUACAGUGCUGGUCACUGGUUCAGAAGACAAAACGACGAAGUUGUGGAACACAAAAACCUGGGAGAUGCAAGGAAGUCCGAUGCGAUGUAGUGGUGGGGUCUGGUGCACUCGGUAUUCACCGUCUGGCGAACUUCUUGCCAUCGCAACAGUCAACGAUAUCGAAAUUUAUAAUUCAGACGCAAGCAAACGCGUCGCACACUUCAAGGGUCACACAGGACGGAACUUCGCACUCGCGUGGACGCCCGAUGGCAAACGCCUUCUCUCAGGGGGCGAUGAAAUGGAUCCGACCAUACGGGAGUGGGAUACAUCAACUUGGACACAGGUCGGUAGUCCUUGUCAGGCGAGCCACGAUAACCAUGUCUACAACAUUGCCAUUCAUCCUACGGGCACCCAUGUCGCUUCCGUAUCUCAUGAUCAUGUCCGACUCUGCCGGCUCUCAGAUCGAGAAACCAUCGCCACGUUCAAGCACUCAGGUUGGGCAGCAUGUGUCACUUUCUCCACGGACGGCAGGCAUAUCCUCAGCGGAGGUGGAGAUAACAUGAUCUCGCAGUGGGAGACACCCAAGGGCGUGAAUUUAGAGAUUCUCUCCGUCAACACUACCACUGCCCGCGACGCAUGCAUCGCGGGGGACUUAUCUAGCGCUGAAAUUUUAUUCACUCAAGAGAUCGACGCCGAUGCAAAAAACUACACCUCGUAUGCCAAUCGUUCAUUUGUCAUGGCGCGAAAACACGACUGGGACCACGCGCUUGACGACGCAAUAAAGUCCAUCACCAUCCAGCCCUCCUUGACAGGUUAUAUCUCGAAGGGCAUUGCCCUAUGCGGAAAAGGGCAGGUCCGGGACGCGAGGACAGCAUUUGACGUUGCCUCUAUUUUCACGAACGAAGAUUUAAAAACCGUUCAUUUCCUUUUCUUGGUUAAGGCCAUAGCACUAUUUGGUGCAAACAAACAUCAGGAGGCAAUGCAGCUUGUCCAACAGCUGGCUGCAGCUUGUCCGAAUCAUGAUGCUCUUGCAUAUCGUGUCGUAGAAGCAUAUCUAUGUGUUCAGCUCGGAGUCGAUGCAUCGAAUGGCUCGCGCCACGACGAAGCUGCUAACCAUUUUGCUGCCGCUAUCCACUCCGGCGCUUUCUCAUCAGGGUCGGUCAUUCACUUCGUAUAUUACGACGACUUGGUGGUGCUGUUUGGGUUGGACCUUGAGUCAUUGUGGCAAAUCGCAAACCAGAAACGAUGUGAUGCCCUCGUACGGGCAGGUAGAAUACGUGAAGCCCUCGAAUCACAUCAGCUCAUGAUGGAUAUGUGCGACGAAGCUACGAAGGCCAGCUGCCUCGAUUGGUCGACUGUUUUCACGCAAGAAUGCAGCAUGCUCUGUCUUGCCAACGGAGAUACAGCUCUCGCUGCAAGUGACUAUGACACGGCUAUUGAGCUAUACUCUGUGGUUAUCGAUAUGGAUUCUGCGAACGACGUGAUCUUUGCAAAUCGCAGUAAAGCGAAAUUGGAAAAAAGGCUAUGGGACGAUGCGCUUCUCGAUGCGCAAAAGGUUAUCGAACUAAACCCCUCAUCUCACGUUGGAUACGAGGUGAAGCAUACAGCGCUUCACCGAACCCAGCGCUACGAUGAAGCCAUCGAGGCCUUUGAAAUGAUGAUCUCGAAAUUGGAAAGUGCCACUGACACGCAAAUACAAAAGCUGCGCGAGCAGUACAUCAAUCCCUCCGAAGCAGCAGCUGUCAUUCAAAAGGCCAUUCACGUUCAACUCAAUAUUAUCCCACUGCGUUUACUCAACACUGCCACCGGACUUCUAUGUGACCGAGAAGCGCAGAUUAGCGCCUUCAAAACGAGAACAGAGUACAAAGAGCUUCUGUCGUCGACUAUGAAGCACCCUGAACUCAGAGCGGAACACAUCACGGAAGCGGUGGCGGCGUACUUCCGUUGUGUCAUGUUAUCCCAUAAAUGGGACGAGAAGGAGCCGCUGCUGCCGGACAUCAAGGGCAAGGUUGUAUACGAGUUAGAGGCAGCUGGCAGUCUUGUGAAGUUGCAGUCAUUCUGCGACAUGGCUCGUAAGGCGGACUAUCACUGGGCAUGGGUCGACUCUUGUUGCAUCGAUCAGCAUAACAACAUUGAGGUCCAAAAAUCACUGAACUCUAUGUUUGGCUGGUAUCACGACUCAGCGCUCACAGCUGUCUACCUAUCAGAUGUCUUGCCUUUGUCCAAGUCUGGCGCACUGGCGAAGAGCGCGUGGAACACCCGGGGAUGGACCGUCCCGGAAUUCCUCGCCCCAAAAGUCAUCCGGUUCUACCAGCAGGAUUGGACUCCGUAUCUCGACGACCACUCCCACAACCAUAAGGAGUCCGAGAAGAUCAUGGGUGAAUUGGAGCGUGCGACGGGCAUAGAUGCACGCGCGCUCGUCGCCUUCCAACCGGGAAUGAGAGACGCCCGAGAGAAACUCCGAUGGGCGUCUACGCGUGUCACCACCGUGCCAGAAGACAUUGCAUACUCAUUAUUCGGCAUUUUCGGUGUCCAGCUACCUAUCCUUUAUGGCGAGAACAAGCAAAAUGCGCUUGGGCGGCUCUUACAGGAAAUUAUAGCUCAGUCGGGCGACAUAACUGCCCUGGAUUGGGUCGGACAACCAUCCACGUUCAACAGCUGUCUACCAGCAGACAUUAGUUCAUAUAACGCUCCACCAUUUCAUGUGCCAUCUCUAUCCGAAGAUGAGAUUGAGUCAUCGGUGUCCUCGCUGCGAAGUGCUGUGGCUCCAGAAUCGGCCUCGAGGCUGUAUCAGACACUUGACCACCUGAGUGCUUCUCGCUUCGCGCACCGCCGGUUGCAUCUUUCUUGCAUUGUAUUCCCUGUUACGGAAGCCAAGUGGCGGUCCCGAGAUCAGGCAUACAGAGUGAAGGCACACGGGCUUCAAGACCUGCAGAUCACCACGACACAAUUGAAUCCGGUUUCGCGGACAAAGCCCUCUCAGCAGACAUUCCUGCUUGUCCGUCCGUGGGAUCGACGUCUCCUUGAGCUGCCUAACUUCACAGAGCAGUCUGCCUUUGCGGAUAAUGCGGAGAGUUUGGGAGAUUUGUCCGACCCCGAGUCUCCGUUAGACGACUCUGACGAAUCGCCCUGUAGUUCGUCUGGAGAAGAGGAGCUGGUUAAUUCGGAAUCUCACUUGCGAGCCUUGCGAUUGAUGGUUCGUCUUGGACAGCCGUUCAGCGCAUUUUUACUCGCUCGGCAGCCCGGCGGAGAAUACCAGAGGAUCGCUUCAGAUCGUAAUAUCAGUGCCCAAGUCAAAGACGGGGCUUCUAUCCACAGUAUGAUGGACGUCAGGACCGUAGAGAUAUUGUAGUGUUUUUUCAACGCAGUUUUCGUUUAUCCCUUGACGACGUACAUAUACAUACAUACAUACAUAGAUCUCCAUGAUUCCUUCGAAGCAGAAGUACGCUGGAGACCUGCAAUUCAUUUCAUGCAGCACUAGUACUUCUGUCCUAAAUCAUCGAUACCCUUUCAUCCUCCCCCACAACCCCGCAUUCGCUUGACACCCUUGCCUUCACUAAUUCAGGCCGCCUCCGUUCUAUACUUAGUACGAGUAGCAGUGCGCGGACUAAUCCCAUAUUCAGCUAUCACGACUUGAAACCC